GCUGCCAGGUGUCCCCGGGAGGGCACUGCCCAGUCGGAGAGAGGAAUGGACGACCCAAAGCCCUCUGGUGAAGAUAAAGAUUCAGAGACGGCAGCUGAUGGGCCUGAAGCUUCUGAAGAGUCAGGCCCCACUGAGCCAGACCCCCCCAACCCACCUUUGGGGGAUGCCUCUGUCCACAGCCCAGGGAGCCCCAAGCCCCAGGACCCUCCCCAGGACUGCAGCAAGGGCCCAUUUCGGCGCUGUGCCUUCUGUAACUGUGGGGAAUGGAGUCUCCAUGGGCAGCGGGAGCUGCGGUGCUUUGAACUUCCACCAGACUGGCCCCUGGGUCCAGCAGUGCCAUCUGGCGGGCCUGGACCUGGAGAGACAGCGCCACCCAGUGAUGAUCUGUCCCAGAUUGGCUUCCCUGAGGGCUUGACACCUGCCCAUCUGGGAAAGCCUGGUGGACCCUGCUGGGCUCACCAUUGGUGUGCAGCAUGGUCAGUGGGAGUACAGGGCCGAGAUGGGCUGGAGUUGCACGGAGUGGACAAGGCCGUCUUCUCAGGGAUCUCUCAGCGCUGUUCCCAUUGCUCCAGGCUGGGAGCUUCCAUCCCCUGCCGAUCGCCCGGAUGCCCACAGCUCUACCACUUCCCCUGUGCUGCUGCCAGUGGCUCCUUCCAGUCUAUGAAGACUCUGCAGCUGUUGUGUCUGGAGCAUGGCGAGGAGGCCGCACAUCUGGAGGAUGCCCGUUGUGUGGUGUGUGAUGGGCUGGGUGAGCUUCGAGAUCUACUCUUCUGUACCAGCUGUGGGCAACACUAUCACGGGGCCUGUCUGGACACUGCUCUGACUGCACGAAAACGUGCUGGUUGGCAGUGCCCAGAUUGCAAAGUGUGCCAAACCUGCAGGCAGCCCGGGGAGGAUUCCAUGAUGCUAGUCUGUGAGGCAUGUGACAAGGGCUACCACACCUUCUGCCUGAAGCCAGCCAUUCAGAGCCUACCCCCUGAUUCUUGGAAGUGCAAGACGUGCCGGGUGUGCCGAGCCUGUGGGGCGUGCCCAGCAGAGCUGGAUCCCAACUGCCAGUGGUAUGAGAAUUACUCACUGUGUGAGCGGUGCCAGGGGCAGCAGAACACCCAGGGCGGGAGGAUGGGCAGCCCUGAUACCGAGCAGAACCCCCCUGUCUGUAACAAAUAUCCAUCGCCGGAGCCUGGCAUUGCCCCCAUUGGUACACCUGAUGAUCUUGAUAAUGCAUGCCAGGAACAACUGGAGGGGGAAGAGGAAGCCUCCACAAAGUCUGAGGAACCAGGGCUACUGCAGCGUGAAGCCAAACCACUAGGGCAAGCAGGGACCCAAGUUGAAUCCCCACCUGAGGUCCCAUCACCACCUGAGGUUGCCCCCCUUGAUGAGGAGAUGCCACUGGAGCCCCUGUUCCUACCUGAGGAACCACUCUUGUCACCUCAGCUACCACCAACAGAUCCUCCCCCUCCUCCACUUUCUCCUGCCACUGCUGUAGCCCCACCAUCCUUGUCUCCCUUGGGGGAGCAAGAGGAGCUCCCUGAUGCCAAAGGGGACAGUGAGCCAGGGACUCCUCCAGAGGUCCCUAUCCUAGACACGCCCAUCAGCCCCCCUCCAGAAGCCAGCUGCUUUGAACCAGAGCCCAUAGCUCCUAUAGACUUGACCCCUUCUCCAGCCUCCCCUGAAGAACUGGGAGAACUGAAUUCUCCCAUUCCUCUAGAGCCCCCUCCUCCCCAGUGCUCCCCUCUGCCAUUAGCCCCUUCUCCCCUGGGCUUCCUGGAGAAGGCACCAGAAGUCCUAGAUGAGUCUGAGUCACAGGAGAUGGAGACAGAGCCAGAGUGCCCAGCUCUGGAGCCUAGUGGGAUCAGCCCCCCAGCCUGUCCUACAGGAGACCUCUCCUGUCCUGCCCCCAGCCCUGCUCCAGCCCUGGAUGUCUUUUCCAGCCUGGGUGAGGACACAGUCUGUCUCGAUGAGACGGAGGCUACUGGUCCAGAGCCAGAGACUGGACAGACUUCUGGCAGUUCAGGUAGUGAUCCUAAAGGCUCCCCUUUGCUCCUUGACCCUGAGGAGCUGGCCCCUGUGACCCCUAUGGAGGUCUAUGGUUCUGAUGGCAAGCAGGCUGGGCAGAGCUCACCUUGUGAAGAGCCUGAGGAGCCAGUUGCCCCACCAGUGCAUACCCCUCCCGCCCUCAUCAAGUCCGACAUCGUCAAUGAGAUCUCUAACCUGAGCCAAGGUGAUGCCAGUGCCAGCUUCCCAGGUUCUGAGCCUCUGCUGGGCUCCCCAGACCCUGAGGGGGGUGGCUCGCUCUCCAUGGAGCUAGGUGUGUCCACUGACGUCAGCCCUGCACGGGAUGAGGGCUCCCUUCGGCUCUGUACCGACUCACUGCCCGAGACUGAUGACUCCUUACUUUGUGAUUCUGGAGCAACUGGAGCUGGCGGCAAGGCUGAGGGCGACAAGGGGAGACGACGAAGCUCCCCUGCCCGCUCCCGUAUCAAACAGGGCCGUAGCAGUAGCUUCCCAGGAAGACGUCGACCUCGGGGGGGUGCCCAUGGAGGAAGGGGGAGAGGACGUGCCCGGCUGAAGUCAACCACUUCCUCUGUGGAGACUCUGGUUGCAGACAUUGAUAGCUCUCCCAGCAAGGAGGAGGAGGAGGAAGACGAUGACACCAUGCAGAAUACUGUGGUUCUCUUCUCCAACACCGACAAAUUUGUCCUAAUGCAGGACAUGUGUGUAGUGUGUGGUAGCUUUGGUCGAGGGGCAGAGGGCCACCUCCUGGCCUGCUCUCAGUGUUCACAGUGCUACCAUCCUUACUGUGUCAACAGCAAGAUUACCAAGGUGAUGCUGCUGAAGGGCUGGAGGUGUGUGGAAUGCAUCGUAUGUGAAGUGUGUGGCCAGGCGUCUGACCCCUCUCGCCUUUUGCUCUGCGAUGAUUGUGAUAUCAGCUACCACACCUACUGUCUGGAUCCCCCACUGCUCACAGUGCCCAAGGGUGGCUGGAAGUGCAAAUG